GGCAUGUGAGCAACAGCUGUGUUCACUCUCUCUUCACCCUCGUCCUUCCCUCUCUCCCGCAGUAAUAUAUAUACCCUUCUUACCUUCCUUACUUCAUCUUUUGACUCUCUUCACAGUCUCUCUAAAACAGCCAAUCCCACUUUCUCUCUCUGAGCCACAAGGCAUCUUCUCUCUCUGUCUUUCUUUCUAAUGGCAGCUCAAUAACUCAAAUCCUGAAGAAACCCAUUUUCCAAACUCAAAAAUGAAACCCCAUAACAGUUUUCAGUUCCUCUCUCUCAGCUUUUACAACCUCUUCUUGCUCUAUUAUCUUCUACUCUUCUUGUACUUUCUUACCUUUCUCUCUCUACAAGCUUCUUCAGCUUCUGUCAAUGGCCUAUCCAAAGACUCACAACAGCUCUUAUCCUUCAAAGCUUCACUACCAAUCCCAAACGAGCUUCACAACUGGGGGUCAAACAAUAACCCCUGUAAUUUCACCGGAGUCACCUGCAAAAACUCCAGAGUUUCCUCCAUAGAUCUCAGCAGCACUCAGCUGAGCGUCAAUUUUCUCUCAGUCUCAUCUCUCUUGAUAAAUAUUCCGAACUUGGAGACCCUUUUGUUGAAAAACUCUAAUCUCUCUGGCACUGUCACUUCCAUUGCAAGAUCCCAAUGUAGCACCGUAUUAAUCUACAUAGAUCUAGCUGAAAACACUGUUUCUGGGCCAAUUUCUGAUCUUUCAAGCUUUGGUUCAUGCUCAAGCUUGAGGUUUCUGAAUCUUUCCCAGAAUUUAUUAGACUUCAAUGUUCAGGAUUCAAAAGGGUUACAGCUCAAUCUUCAAGUGCUCGAUCUUUCUUACAACAAGAUAUCCGGUCAAGACGUAGUUCGGUGGCUAUUACCCAAUGGUUGUGGUGAGCUCCGGUACUUGUCCUUGACCGGUAACAAAGUCGCCGGCGAUGUUCCGGUAUCGGAUUGCAAGAGUUUGGAGUAUUUGGAUCUUUCUGCCAAUAAUUUCUCAAUUGGAUUUCCUUCUUUUGGUGAUUGUGCAUAUUUGCAACAUCUUGAUUUGUCAUCCAACAAGUUUUCUGGAGACAUUAGCUCUUCCCUCUCUGUUUGUGGGAAACUCAGUUAUUUGAAUCUCACCAAUAACCAUUUCACUGGUACGAUUCCAAACCUUCCCAGCGGAGCCAUGCAGUUUCUGUACCUUUCUGGGAAUGGUUUUCAAGGGGUACUGCCUUCAAAUCUUUCGAAUUUGUGCUCAACUCUUGUGAAGUUGGAUUUGUCUUCCAACAAUUUGUCUGGUACUGUGCCUGAAAGCUUUGGGGCAUGCUCUGUUUUGGAACUCCUUGAUAUUUCUGUCAACAACUUCUCUGGUGAGUUACCAAUUGGAACCUUUCUCAUGUUGAGUAAUUUGAAGGAUUUGGUGUUAUCAUUCAAUGAUUUUGUUGGUGCUUUGCCUGAAUCUUUGUCAAAUUUGACAAACUUGGAGACUUUAGAUGUCAGUUCUAAUAAUAUUUCGGGUUUGAUUCCUUCUGGGAUUUGUCAAGACCCAAGAAAUAGUUUGAAAGUGCUGUAUCUUCGGAACAAUAUUUUCACUGGUCCAAUACCAGAGAGUCUCAGUAAUUGUUCACAAUUGGUUUCACUUGAUCUAAGCUUUAAUUACCUUAAUGGAACAAUCCCAUCCACCUUGGGAUCAUUGGGGAAGCUUCGGGAUUUGAUUAUGUGGUUGAAUCAGCUUCAUGGUGAAAUCCCACAAGAGCUUAUGUAUUUACAAUCUCUGGAGAAUUUGAUUCUUGACUUUAAUGACUUGACUGGAUCGAUCCCUCCUAGUUUGAGCAAUUGUACACAUUUGAAUUGGAUUUCAUUGUCCAACAAUCAACUGAGUGGUGUGAUACCAGCCUCGUUUGGUAGUCUGGAAAAUUUAGCCAUUCUCCAGCUAGGAAACAACUCAAUCUCUGGGAGCAUCCCGGGGGAGCUAGGGGAUUGUCGUAGCUUGAUAUGGUUGGAUCUGAAUACAAACUUCUUGAAUGGGACUAUCCCGCCAGCUAUGUUCAAACAGUCUGGCAAGAUUGCAUUGGCAUUGCUCACUGGGAAAAUGUAUGUGUACAUCAAGAAUGAUGGCAGUAAGCAGUGCCAUGGAGCGGGGAAUUUGGUCGAGUUCGGAGGAAUCAGACAGGAACAGUUGGACCGAAUUUUAUCAAGGCACCCCUGUAACUUUACUAGAGUUUACAAGGGCAUCACCAAACCAACAUUCAACCACAAUGGGUCAAUGAUUUUUCUUGACCUUUCUUUCAAUAAGUUGGAGGGUAGUAUUCCAAAGGAGCUUGGGUCCGCAUACUAUCUCUCUGUAUUGAAUUUGGGGCAUAAUGUUCUCUCUGGUCCUAUUCCUCCAGAGCUUGGAGGUUUGAAGUAUGUUGCGAUUCUUGAUCUAUCAUAUAAUAGUCUCAAUGGUUCUUUUCCACCAUCAUUGACUGGCCUUGCAAUGCUCUCGGAGAUUGAUCUGUCCAAUAACCACCUCUCUGGAAUGAUUCCUGAAUCUGCUCCUUUUGAUACAUUUCCUGACUAUAGGUUUCUCAAUAAUUCGGGCCUCUGUGGGUACCCUCUACCUCCUUGUGGGGCAGGUUCAGGUGCAAGUUUAAACCAGCAUCAGAAGUCUCAUCGUAGACAAGCAUCCCUUGCAGGGAGCGUGGCAAUGGGGUUGUUGUUCUCCCUCUUCUGCAUCUUUGGUGUGAUUAUAAUAGCUGUGGAAUCAAGGAAAAGGAGGAAAAAGAAGGAGGCUGCCCUCGAAGCCUAUGUGGAUGGCCAUUCCAAUUCAGCAACUGCAAAUAGCGCUUGGAGGCUAACCAGUAUUCGUGAGGCACUGAGCAUCAACCUGGCAACAUUUGACCAGCCUCUCCUGAGGCUCACUUUUGCUGAUCUUCUUGAAGCCACCAAUGGCUUCCACAACGACAGCCUUAUAGGUUCUGGUGGCUUUGGUGAUGUAUACAAGGCCCAAUUGAAAGAUGGAAGCAUUGUUGCCAUCAAGAAAUUGAUACAUGUUAGUGGGCAAGGUGAUAGGGAAUUCACUGCUGAAAUGGAGACCAUUGGGAAAAUCAAGCACCGGAACCUUGUUCCUCUCUUGGGCUACUGCAAAGUAGGAGAAGAACGGCUCUUGGUUUACGAGUAUAUGAAGUAUGGAAGCCUAGAAGAUGUAUUGCAUGACCGGAAGAAAAAUGGGAUCAAGUUGAAUUGGGCUGCAAGGAGGAAGAUUGCUAUUGGGGCCGCUAGGGGAUUGGCUUUUCUUCACCAUAACUGCAUUCCACACAUUAUUCAUAGGGAUAUGAAAUCAAGCAAUGUCUUGCUCGAUGAAAAGCUGGAAGCCAGAGUCUCUGAUUUUGGAAUGGCGAGGCUUAUGAGUGCAAUGGACACUCACUUGAGCGUCAGCACAUUAGCGGGCACUCCUGGUUAUGUCCCUCCUGAGUACUACCAGAGCUUUAGAUGUUCAACAAGAGGCGAUGUUUAUAGUUAUGGUGUAGUUUUGCUAGAGCUGCUAACUGGAAAGCAGCCCACAGAUUCAGCUGAUUUCGGUGACAAUAAUCUUGUUGGGUGGGUGAAGCAGCAUGCCAAGAUGAGAAUAAGUGAUGUUUUUGAUCCCGAAUUAUUGAAAGAGGACCCAAGUUUAGAGAUGGAGCUGCUAAAACAUCUAAAGGUAGCAAGUGCUUGCCUGGAUGAUAAGCAUUGGAUUCGUCCUACGAUGAUUCAAGUUAUGGCUAUGUUCAAAGAAAUUCAAGCAGGCUCAGAUCUCGAUUCCACGUCCACCACCAUCAACGCUGACGAUACAAGUUUUGGUGCUGUUGAAGGGGUAGAGAUGAGUAUAAAAGAAGACAAUUGAACAGUGCAAACAGUGAUGAAGCUAUUUUUCCACAAGAGUUGUUUGGAAACAAGAAGAAGAAAGGUGUUUGAUGAUUUUAUUCAGCCCCCCAAUUUUCCCUAUCUUCUAUACCAAUUCAAAUGGUAUAAAACUGCCUGUGCAUUUCUACCACUUAAAUGUAUGUACCACUAGUCCCUUGAAAAUUCUGUUAUUAUACAUAAGAAGUUGUUUAACUCCUUGUAACACUGUAAAUAAAUCGCCUGAGUUUGUUUUUCUUCUGUUAAUCCGAG